AUGAAAGUAUGGAACUUCCCCAAUUGCAUCGGAGCUGUUGACGGCAAACACGUCAAAGUUAUAGCACCACAACAUUCCGGAUCCAUAAACGAAAAAUUUUGGCGAGCCGCUGCCGGUCACGAAGGGGUACUGCUGUGUAGUUGCUGCUCUGUGAUAGCUGAGGGAACGACGAUUGACCGCCGACUCUGGCAGAGCGAGCUGUAACGUCGAGCAGUGCACAUCGUGCUCGGAUAAUCUGCCGCUCCCAAAUUACGUUAAAUCGUUGUGCUAUUAUUAUUGUUGUUAAGUUGAUUGGUGGAAAAUUAGUGUUUGACUAACCGCGUUUCUAACAAUAUAUAUAU